GGGCGGGGUCAAUCGGUGAUCAUGAAGGCCGAUGGCCUAGGGGCGGGCCCGCCAUUGCACUUCGGCCGGCCCUGUCCCUAGCACGCCGGAACUCCCGGUGAUGCACGUCAUAAUUUGUGGCAGAGGGGGCUCGCGUUCGCGCGGCCCCUACCAAAUGAAGCCUGAAAGGGGAUGUGAAGCAUGGAAAAGAACUUGGAAUAUAUAACCAAAAUCUCAUCGGCCUGGAGGUUGAUAUAGCGAAUCACCCCAUGUGAGUCAAAUGGAAAUCCCGCUGAUACUGAUCCGAGGUUGCCCGCAUUGGGAAUAUAGGCUCAGCCAUUUCAACAGACAGUUAGUCGGCUCGGCUGGUUUCUCCAAUGUGGCGGAGGUAGCUAGGCCAGAUUCGUACGUGUGACGAUUCCGCACUGGCGAGAGAAUCGACUAGCGCUGAUCCCUACUUCUAGCCAUUCGAGAAACAUGGAAGGGUUCACCUCAUUCGGUGUCCAAAUGCCUACCUUUCUCCGUCUCCGCACGACAUUAUGUAGACCCACCGAUCUCGCCGCGUCGUGCGUUUCUUAGGUUUCCGAGGUUUCCGAGGCUACGGCCUUAGGUUUCUAUGGUAACGGAGGAGGGCGAGGGCUGGACCGGAAAAAGGAGGGGGAGAGGGGAUCGAAUCUGGGAGGGAGACGUGGGAGCCGGAGACACGGGGAAAGAUGACUAUAUCGGGUGUGACAGAAAGUAGCACGUCAGGAGCGAUCCGUCUGCGUGACAGUAUCGGGAGUCAAGCAAAUCGUUUCCUUUCAGAUGCAGAAGUGACACUAUCGGAGGAAAUGUCGAGGGGAUUAUUAGCGGAAGAGAUACCAACAGAGGAGCAUCAAAGGGAGGCGACAGAGGAGAUAGUAACGGAGGAGAUACUAACGGUGGAUGGCGUGUUGCAGAAAUACGUGGGAGAGUUGGGUCCGUGUCAGGUGCGGCAUGCCGCGCUGGUGGCGUGCGCAUGGUCGUUGGAAGCGCUGUUCACCUUCAUAAUCAUCUUCACAGAGCGUAUGCCAGCCUGGCACUGCACCGCUGCCUCCUGCUUCGGAAAGUCUCUCUGCCAGGUGGCAGACGAGCAGCGUGCCAUGUGGCAGCAGCAGGCUGGCGAACAGGCGAACGCCACGUGGCAGUGGUCAGAGCCUACCAGCGUCUCGGUGGUAUCUGAAUGGGGCCUCAUCUGCGGCAGGCAGACUCUGCUAGGGUGGAUCGACUCUCUCUACUUCAUGGGCUACUGCACUGGUUCAUGUUUCUUCGCCUUCCUCUCAGACGGACCUCUAGGCCGCAAGCGCACGCUCCUCCUCUCCGCCCUCCUCUCCUCCCUCCUCACAUCCCUCACCUCCCUCGCCUCCUCCCCUCUCUCCUACGCCCUCCUCCGCCUCCUCACCGGCAUCGCCUCAUCUGGUCUUGGCAACACAUGCUACGUGUUGGCGUCUGAAGUCAUAGGGCCGAAGCACCGAGGUCCGGUUUCUAUGCUAGUGAACCUGGCGUAUCCGCUGGGGCAGAUGCUCCUGCCUGUACUUGCUGCUUUUGCCUCUGCAUCAGCUCCUACUACUGCGUCUGAGUCUCCUCAUUCCACUUCUGACUCGACUCAAAAGCAGAUGCUCCUGCCUGUUCUUGCUGCUUUUGCCACUGCAUCAGCCCCUACCACUGCGUCUGCCUCCCCUCGGUCGGCCGUCACUGCUGCUGUUGCUGCUGCGUCUGAAUCUGCCACUGGUUUCGCAACUGGGUGUUUUCAGACACGGCUUCUACGAAACGCCCCUGCUGCUGCUGUCACUGCUUCUGCUUUCGGUGUUCCUUCUGAUUCUGAAUCACCAGCUGCUGUUGUUGCCGCUACUCCUGUGCCUCCUGCACCAUCUUGGCGCCGCCUGUAUUUCCUUGCAGGAGCAGCAAUCGGCGGCAUGUACUGCGCCCUCCUCCUCCUCCCCCCUCUGCUGAUCACCAUCCUGCCAAUCAUCUCCCGCCACGUGGCUUCAUUCCUUAGACCCUCAGUUGAGGUAGGGGAUCCGAUAACUGCUGCCGACCCUCCUGCCGAAGCACCUAGGAGUCGUUUACGGAACGGCGGGGGGACAAGUACCCAUGGAUCAAGCAUGGGGAGUCUAUUUUUGAGGCGCCUCAAAUAUGGUACCCAUGAAUCCAGCAUGGGUGGGAGAGGUGAUCGCCCUUUAAACUUGGGGGGGCGUUGGGACACCAGGACAGAAGGGAGAUCACUGGGUUUUGAAGGGGCCAUAGUAUGGUUGAAGGCGGUACCAAUGGCACAAGCGGAGGCACAGGCUGUGGCAUGGGUGUGUGAGUCACCGCGGUGGUUGCUCGAGAGGGGAAGGGGUGCGAGAGCACUGCAGGUGUUGCAGUGUUUGGCAGAGGGGAAUGGCCAUGUGAUACCUACAGGGGUGGUGCUGGUUACUGAUCUUCGGGCAGUUGAACAGUAUUCUUCUUAUCUCAGGGCUGGUGAAAGUUAUACUGAUCCCUGGGAAGUUGAGAAAUGUACCGAUCUCCAGGCAGCUGAAAAUUAUGUGGGUCUUCGGGCAGGUGAAAGCAGGGCAGUGGUGAGCCGAGGGGUGCAAGAGAUAAUGGAGGAUGGGGAGGGGUUGGGAGCAGGAGCAGAGAUGGGUACGAGUGGGGGAGGUGAAGUGGAAAGCAAGGGAGGUUUGGGCUGUGGGGGAAUGGAUGGUGGAGGUUCAACUAGUGGAGGUUCAACCAGUAGAGGUUUUGGUGUUGGAAACAGUGGGGGUACGGCUGGUAGGGAUGAAGGUGUCAAUCAAGGCACAUCGACGGGGGGGGUGGGGGAGCUGCUCUCGUCAAGGAAUCACCUACACCGCCUAUCUAUCGUGGCUGGUGGGGGUGCGGCUGUUGGGGGUGCAGCUGGUGGGGGUGCGGCUGGUGGGGGUGCGGCUGGUGGGGGUGCGGCUGGUGAGGGUGCAGCUGGUGGGGGUGCAGCUGGUGGGGAUGCGGCUGGUGAACGCUUAACUAAUGGAGGUACAGCGGGCAAUCAAGGCACAUCAAAGGGGGGGGUGGGGGAGCUGCUCUCGUCCAAGACUCACCUGCACCGCCUAUCUCUCAUGAUCCUCCUCUUCCUCACCUCCUCUUCCCUCUACAACGGCCUCACUCUUAAUACCGCUAACCUGGCCACUGCUCUGGCUGAGACAAUAUCACUAGGUAGACAGAGCAGCAAAUCAGCGCCCAAGCCCCCUACUUUUCUCUAUGUCAGAAGGAGAGUUGUCAACAGCAGCAACAAGAGCAGCAACAGCCCAACAAACAAGAGCACCAGCAGCCCUAUCAGCAGUAUUGCUGCAGCAACCUACCUGGUGGCCCUAAUUCAGGUCCCCUCCAUCCUCCUUUCAGGCUUCCUCAUUAACCGCUUGGGGUGCCGGCGGCUUGUGGGCUUAUCCCUCAUACUUGGCAGCUCGUUUUGCGUUUUAGGAGGGGUGGUGCUGCUGGUGCAGGGGCGAGGAGGAGAGGGUGGUAGCAACAUUGGGAGCAACAUUGGAAGCAACAUUGGGAGCAACAUUGGGAGCAACAUUGGGAGCAACAUUGGGAGCAACAUUGGGAGCAACAUUGGGAGCAACAUUGGGAGCAACAUUGGGAGCAACAUUGGGAGCAACAUUGGGAGCAACAUUGGGAGCAACAGGGGGAGCAACAGUGUGAUUCGGGUGCAGGGGGGAGAGGGAGGGGGGGCAUUACCGCAGAGGGGAGAACGAGGGGUGAUGCUGAUGGUGCAGGGGAGGGGGGGAGGGCGUGGUAGCAACGGUGGGAGCAGCAAUGAGAGCAGCAGAGGAUGCAGCAGGGUGAUGCUGGUGCAGGGGGUGGUGGAAGGGAUUGGAAGGAGAGGGAGCAGGAGUGGGAGGGGGAGGAGGAGUGCGAGUGCGAGUAGGAGCAGUAAUCAAAGGAGUGUGGGAAGCAGUACCGAGCGCAUGCAUGGGCGGUUACUGUUGCUGCCACACAUACAGUCACACACGCAUGUACAGUCACAACCACACAUACAGUCACAAUCACAUGUACAGUCACAAUCACAUGUACAGUCACAAUCACAUGUACAGUCACAACCCCAUGUACUGUCACAACCACAUACACCGUCACACACACAUGUACAGUCACACUCCCUCCUCCCCUUCAUCCCUCCUCUCUGCUCUCUCCUCGCCCUCUUUUGUAUCACGUCCUCUUUCUCCUCGGCAUACGUGCUUCAAGUAGAGCUCUUCCCCACCUCCAUCCGCCACCUGUCCCUCGCUAUAGUCACACAGGCAGGCCAGCUCGCUACAGUGCUUGUACCCCAUAUAGUGCUCCUCGGUCGAACCUCCCCCAGUUACCCCCUGCUGAUUUUCGGGUUACAGGGGAUGGUUACAGGUGUGCUGUGCCUGCUACUGCUGCCUGAACCCGGGAAAAGGGAGAUAGUAAGUGAGAGUUAUGAUAACAAUGUGUGAUAAGUGUACUAUUCAGAUGUCUGUGUGUAAUUACAUUGUUGAGAGACAA